UCGGUCAGAUGUGACGUAGUACCUGCGUUGCUGAAAGGUUAAAAGCGGUCAGGUGUGACGCACACACCCGUGUUAUGUUACCUGGUCCAAGAUGGCGAGUUCCGUACUGCUUGCAAUCGCCAUGGUAGUCCUGUAUGAUACUUUUCUUGCCCGAGCCCAGGACACCAGAACCGACAGGGCUGGGUCCGUUCUGCGGGAGUAUGUAGACAAGGGCUACUGUACCUACACCUAUGUGGUUCCGCCUGGGUCCCGUACAGGGGGCUGCUCAUCGCCGGGCCUUGAGACACAGCUAGCCGAGACGAAGGAGGAAACAGGUCACUUGAGAAAUCAGGUGGAUCACCUGUCGUCCAUGGUGGAAACCCUGUUGUCCAGGGUGAACAGUUUGUCUGCUGAGCUGUCGCAGGAAAGGUCCACGAGCGCACAGCUAAAACAAAACCUAACACAGGAGAUACAAGAACAAGAAAAUAGUAUCCAAGCUAGGCUACAGAAUCUGACUACAACCUUGUCCGAGCAACAAGUGGCCAUAAACCAAGCGCUGCAGUGUGCUUGUGAAGGACUGGUACCAGGUGACACCGUGUCAUCGCCCACAGCCGGACCGCCGCCUGAUCCAGUGCCCACCGCUGAGGUCACAACAGUCGAGGUGGCGUCACCCUCCGAGCCACAGCCUAUUGCCAGGCUCCAGAUUCAUCUGGCUGAUGGUAGAUCUCCGCUUGAAGGCCGGGUGGAGGUUCGAAACGGUACCGGCCAAUGGGGCUCCGUCUGUGAUGACAACUUUGACCUGCAGGACGCUUAUGUUGUCUGUAGACAGCUCGGCUUCGGGGCGGCACUGGAGGUGAAACUGGCAGGUCAUUUUGGGGAAGGUUCGGGGAACGUCUGGCUGGACGAGGUGGCCUGCAGGGGCAACGAGACGAACCUUGGAGACUGUUCUGCUGAGUCCUGGGGGCGGAGUGACUGUUCACACAAGGAGGAUGUAGGUGUCGUCUGUGAAGGAGACGGGUCCAUGCGGCUGUUCGGAGGCCUCGCGCCGUGGGAGGGACGGCUUGAGUUCCGUCCGUGGCUGGCGGCAGAGUGGGGCACCGUGUGCCAUACCGGCUGGACCCAGGCUGAGAGCGAGCUCGUUUGCAAACAGCUGGGUUAUACCGGAGGAGUCAAUGCCAGCCUGGCAGCUUUUUGGGAAGGAACGGGCCGGGUCUGGCUAGGUGACGUCACCUGUAGUGGAGACGAGACCAACAUCCUGUCGUGUGGUUUCAGCUGGGAACCUUCUGACUGUGAGCAUGGACAGGAUAUAGCAGUUGUCUGUACAGGCGUCGUGUCUGUCCGACUAAACGGGAGCCAGAGUUCAUCAGAAGGCCUACUGGAGAUCCGUCCCGGAGAUGGUGACUGGGGAACGAUCUGUGAUGACGGGUUUGACGACAGGGACGCUCAGGUGGUCUGCAGACAGCUCGGGUAUCGUGGGGGAGUCGCGGCGGUGGGAGGAGUUUUUCCUCAAGGGACUGGCCUCAUCUGGCUGGACAAUCUUGGCUGCUUAGGAAACGAGUCAUCUGUAGCGAGGUGUCAGAUCAACAAGUGGGGAGACCACGACUGCACCCACAAGGAAGACGCAGGAGUCAUCUGUGUACUGGAAGACGACUGUGCUGAGUAUCGUUCAUCAGGAUGGACAACAAGUGGGGUCUUCAGAAUCGGCCUCCUCCCCUCUGAUGUGGAGGCGUUCUGUGACAUGAAUACCGCAGACGGCGGCUGGACCGUGAUCCAGCGGCGGCAGGACGGUUCGGUUCCCUUCAACCGGACCUGGGAGGAGUACAAACUGGGCUUUGGGAACAAGAACGGGGAGUACUGGUUGGGAAACGAGAACAUCUAUAUCCUGACUAAUCAGAAGAACUAUGCUCUCAGAGUAGACCUGGUGGACUGGAGCGGAGACUCACGUUACGCGGAAUACAGCAGCUUCAGAUUAUCUAGUGAGGCAGAUCAGUACAGACCUCAGAUAUCCGGGUAUUCAGGCACCGCGGGAGACUCGAUGAGUAUCUACAUCAACGGUCAAGGGUUCUCCACUGUGGACAGGGACAAUGAUGACUGUGGUUGCGACUGUUCUCAGCAGCACGGACAGGCCGGCUGGUGGUUUACUGGCUGCGGCCUCUCCUUCCUCAACGGUCACUAUCUGGGGAACUGUGGGAACUCCUGUCCACAGAGGCAAGGUGUGGUGUGGUACCACUGGAGAGGCUUUACUUACUCCCUCAAGUCUGUCUCUAUGAAGAUCAGGCCAUGAACAACAUGCUACCUAUUUGAUAUCUGUAAGAAUUUUCAAGUCAUCAAAUGGGGUUUGGACUUUUUUUUAAACGGAAUCUAUAACACCGAAUUUUGUCUGGUUGUACGUGAAAGAAAGACCUAUGCAGGAUCCAGUCAUGCUAUUCUGUCCUGUAUUACUAUCAUGCGCUGAUCAAGGAAUCUUGUUGAAAACCUUCCAUUUCGUAUCAAAUAUACAUUAUAAAUAUAUAUUUGAAAGAUAAAGCAGCUGUAAGCCAGGUUGUACAAGAAGCCGCAAGGCUAUGAAAGCUAUCAAAGUGUAUAUAAGGGAACUUGUACAAAAGUUGCCAGAAAGACUGUAAAAAUCUUUGAGAAGAACAGUAAGAUUUAGUGUUAUCUGUAAAAUGUGCCUUUACUGUGCAGUCUACAUUCUACUACUAGACACUUUUAAAUUCAGUUGUUGUCAAUGAAUUGAUGAAAAAAGUCAAUUCCGAACAGGCAACAUAUAUUUAUUGUCUUUGUGGA